CAUCCACCGACCUCUCUUGUCUGUGAGUACUAUAACAUAAAACCUUCCCAGAGCCAACGCCUAAGCCAAACUACGAUUCCAUUCUCAUUUCUGAAAAUGGUCUUCCCACAUUAUUCAUCCUCAUCAAUUUCAUCUCUUUUUCGUCAUUUGAAUUGUUCAGCCGUUCACCGUCAUCAUGUCCGAUUCAGGCUCUCUCAUCGACGGCCCACAAACCGAAUUCUCUAUGGGUAGUAAUGACAGCGCUCGAACUGACCCCGUCGAGCAAGAAGCCGUCUACGACAUCAUGCGGGCAACCGGAAACGAUUGGGCCACCGACAUUCCCGAUGUCUGUCGUGGCAGAUGGCACGGCAUUGAGUGCAUGCCGGACAAAGACAAUGUCUACCACGUCGUGUCAUUAUCAUUCGGAGCCUUGUCCGACGACACAGCAUUCCCAAUUUGCCAUCCACUCCGCUCUUAUCUCUCCCAAUCCAUUACCAAGCUUCCUCAUAUUAAGACCCUAUUUUUUUACCGCUGUUUUAGUUAUAAUCCACAGCCAAUACCAAAGUUUCUGGGUGGGUUAGGGUCUAGUUUGCAGACUCUGGUUCUUAGAGAAAAUGGACAUGUGGGCUCCAUUCCUACUGAAAUAGGCAAUCUUACCCAUUUGAAAGUCCUUGAUCUGCACAAAAAUAAUCUCAUUGAUUCAAUUCCAUAUUCCCUGGGUAGAAUCACUGGUUUGAAAUCCUUAGAUUUGAGUGGGAAUAAAUUAAGUGGUUCAGUACCCGGUUUAAUACUUCCAAAUUUGAAUGUUGUAGACUUAAGUGGAAAUUGGCUAAUGGGUUCAAUUCCAUCUACCCUAGGGAGAUGCAGUAGUUUAAUGAAAAUAGAUUUUAGUCGAAACCGUCUGUCGGGGGUAAUGCCCGAUUCAAUUGAGGGUCUUAAAAACCUGAUCCUGAUGGAUUUAAGCUACAAUCGUCUGACAGCACUACCACUUGCAUCAUCUAUGAGAAAUAUGAAUUCUCUCCAAGUAUUGAUCCUGAGAGGGAAUCCAUUAAAUACAGUUAUUCCUAGCGAUUACUUUGAAGGAAUGAAGAGUUUAACAACAUUAGUUUUAUCGAACAUGAAGUUACAGGGUGAGAUACCGGAGUCAUUGGGAGAGUUACCAAAUGUUCGUGUGAUUUAUCUUGACGGAAAUCAAUUACAGGGUACAAUUCCAACAAAGUUGAAGGAGUUGAAGCAUCUUACUGAGUUGAGAUUAAAUGACAAUCAACUAACUGGAGCGAUUCCGUUUGGGAGAGAAACUAUUUGGAGGAUGAGAAGAAAGCUUAGGCUUGAGAAUAACAAAGGACUAUGUUACAUUGAUGGAUUGGAGGAUGAUUCAAGUAUUAGCUUGUGUCACCGUACCAACGCAUCCGUAAAUAUAUCUACUUCCCCAACAAAAACACAACUCCAACAUCUUUCUAAUGCGCCAACCUAUAUAUCUACUACUGCUGCACUUGAUACCUCACAUGCUUCCCACUUUCAACUAAGACUAAUUUUUGUCUUUUUAUCAUCUAUUAUUAAUUUCCUUUAAUUUAUUGUCUUAUGUAUCUAUAUUGAUUAAACUAACUCACAAGUUAUGUAAAAAAAAAAUUAAUUAUAUGUAUGUGUAUGUGUGUUACAAGUAGUAUGAGAGAUGAGAUGAUGGGCUAGUAAAUAAGGCACCUCCCACUGCAUUCUGGAAUUUGAUGAGAUGGCACUUCUCCUUCAUUCUCCCGUUCUGGACCACGUCAUUUACAUUUAUGUCCACAUCAUCCAACAAUUCCUGCAUCAA